GUCCCCCUGUUUCCCGUCCCCAAUUGCGGCUCAGCCAAGCUUCCGCUGAGCUGUGCUUUGAAGGCCCGGCCCGGUCUGCCGCCGCGGACACCAUGGCUUGGGCUGCGCCCUCUUUGCCCAACGAUAAGUCUCGGUUCAUCUGCAUAUAUCCUGCCUAUAUAAAUAACAAGAAGACAAUAGCAGAAGGAAGAAGGAUACCACUUGAAAAAGCAGUUGAAAAUCCAACAUCUACAGAAAUUCAAGAUGUAUGUGCAGCAGUUGGACUUAAUGUGCUUUUGGAGAAAAACAAAAUGUAUCCCAGGGAGUGGAACCGUGAUGCACAGUAUAGAGGAAGAGUGCGCAUUCAGCUGAAGACAGAAGAUGGCAAACCAUGUCAGCCUCAGUUUCCAACACGUAAGGCAGUGAUGCUAUAUGCAGCAGAAACAAUUCCUAAACUAAAAACAAGGACACAGAAAAUGGGAAGCAGUGACCAAAGCCUGCAGCAAGGAGAGGGGAGUAAAAAAGGUAAAGGAAAGAAGAAGAAAUGAGUGUGGCUGGUACAUAUGCAAUGUAUUAAGAUGAAUAUAGAUGAAGGGGAUUAUUGGCAUCUGAACUGAAAGUUGGAGAAACAAAUGAGAACUGUCAAAACUGUUUCUGGACUGGACUUCGCUUAACUUUUAUCUAAUGCUACAACAGAUCAAUUGGAAAUAUAUGGAAACAUCUGUUUUAGUAUUUAUACUGAAAAGAUUGUCUAUUAACGUGCAGAAAUACAUUAAAAAUGGAUAGAGUCAAUACUUCACAGAGCUGAUUGACCUUGAUAUGGUCCAGAUUGGUAAAGAUAACAGAGGAAUAGGUUAAUUCAGCAUUGUAUGAGGCUUCUAAACUGAUUAUUGUCAUUAUUAAAAUAAACUCUUUGAAUCAAACCGUUUAGAAAGCACGGUCUUAAAACUUCCUCAGUCUAAAAUAACUGGUUUUAAUUGGUAUUUUAAUUUUACAUCUGGAUCGUUCUAGAAUGGAGCUAGACAAUCUGAGGACCCCUCAUGAAUGAGGGAUGUUGUAACAUUUGUUUAGACUACUUGUAUAGCAUUUGAAUAGUCUAAUGAACGUGGAAUGCAAACUACAGUCAGUCAGAUUUGUGCAUUCAACAAUAGUCCAAAGUUUAUCCAAUUUGUAAAAAUGUGUUUAAUUCUAAAAUAUUUAUGAGUAAAGUGUAAACUAUUUUCAUGUUGCUUCUGCAAUGUUCCUGAUGGUUUAGCAUAUAUGUUAUAAUGCUUUUAGAGCAUGAUACAUAAUACUAUAAAAAAUUCACUUUUAAGAAAUUAUUGUAAUUUGAUUAAUCCAAAACUACCUUGGACCAAUAUAUGUAUACUCUUUCUACUUAAAUGAACUUGGUUACCCAACUGCUACCUGAGACUAGCAUAAAUCAUGAUAAUACAAAAUUAUGACACAUUUAAGUUGGUGAAUUGUAUAGCCAAAAGUCAUGAAUUCUUAACAGGAUUAGAGUAGUGAUACUGUGGCAGAGAAGUAUAAGUUCCUGUCACAUCAAAUAUAUUUUAUCCACAUAGUGCUGCUCCUCUGUUCCAGUUUACAGCUCUUGUGGUGCUUUGUAUCAUUCAGCCAAUUCAUCUUCCAACUUUUCAGAGUUGAACCCCGCCUUUAGACCAAAAAUGUAUUUUUUUUAACCAUAUUUGUAUGGUUUUAGCGCUGCUGCUGUGACCUGCCUUAAGUGACGCUGCAAAUCAAUAGUGGGUCCUAACCUACCGUACCAGUUGAAGACCAGUAGCUUAGUCCGAUAUUGAGGACCCAGAGAGUGCAUGUUUUUAAAUUUGCAAAAUGUGAAAGUUUUGCCAAAUUCCCCUAGAUGGCAGCAAUGUUAAACAUGACUUGCUCAAUGGAAAGCAGGACUCCUCUCAAGCAUGCUGUUAGACUUGUUCUCUUUUAAGUUUCCUUAGAGUAUUUUUAAAAAAUUGCCUUCUAGCCUAGUCUUGUCUUUAAAUGAUUUAAGUCAUAUCAUGUUUGCUAAUACUGCUUUCUUGCUGUUAUCGUAUUUCCAAAAUGUCAGGGUGACACAAAGGACUUCUUUAUACAUUAUACAUUAUUUUACAGAAAGUACAUCUGUGUAGGAAAAGGUAUGUAAAUUGCCAAGUGGAGGGAUUUUUGUGUUAUCGGAACACUGCUUUUACAGCGACUCCACAGUUCUUGACUUAAAGGCCUGGUUAUAGAGAAACAUUUUCGCCUGACGCCCAAAGAUAUGUAAUGAAUGUGCCAAGCAAGCCUCCCUGGGAAGAGCAUUCCACAAGCAGGGAGCCACCACCAAAAAGGCCUGUUCUCAUCUUGCUGCCCUCCAGAUCUCUCUCAGAGAAGGUGCACAUAGUAGGACCUCAGAUGAUUAUUGUGGCAUCUGGAUUAGUUCAUAUGGGGAGAGGUGGUCCUUGAGGUAUUGCGGUCCUGACCAGUUUUAAGGCUUUAUAGGUCAAAACCAGCACAUUGAACUGGGCCUGGAAACUAAUUGGCAGUCAGUGCAGUGCUCAAACCGUCUUGCCCCGGUGAGCGACCUGGCUACCAAAUUCUGCACUAGCUCAAGUUUCUAAUGUGUUGCAGUAAUGCUGCUGCUUAGUUGACAGAACAACCUAAAAUGCUAACCCUAAGAAUCUGUCAGUGGCAUUUUUUGAAAUCUGUUUUCUGGGCCACCUGCUAGAUCAGUCCCAGAAUUCAACUUCUGAUGCACAUUAGGAAGCUUCCUUGUGUCUGUUGUACCUUCUGCAUCUGUAUUUCAAGUGUGCUUUGCAUCUAUUUAAAGACUUGCCAGAAGCAUUCUGCUCAAGGUAGUUUACAAAAAAGAGAGUAAUCAGAUUACAUAAAAUGUCCAAUGUCAGCAUUUAGUGUUAUACCCAAGCACAUUUAAAAUAUACAGCGAGCACUCUAUCAGAGUCUGUAGAAUUUAUAAAAUGAAUCCAAGUAUUUGUCUAAAGAAGGGAUGUUUUGCAAUGAUGGUGGGACAUGGGAUUAGAGUUUCAUGAUACAUAUCAACUCUUGCUACGUGGAGGUCAAAGUCAAGCAACAUUCAUCAUGUGACAUUUUUGUCAUUUCAGUUUCAUGUCACAUGAUGAAUGUGAUGAUUCACAUGAUGAAAACUGGUGAUUUUCUUACAUUAAAAAGUAAAAUUAGAAUGUGGGGUUGAGCAAAGUAGCAUGGUUGCAGUUUGUCUAUUAGUCUUGCUUGAAUUCUGUUUUGUAAGGAGGGGAGAGUGCUGUUGAGCUCAGGUCCUGCUUGUGAACUUUCUGUAGGCAUUUACUUGGCAACUGAGAACAGGAUGCUGAACUAGAUGGGCCACUGUACUGUUCCAGCAAAAGCAUAUGUUCUUAAGGAUUUUUUAAAGGGUUUUGGGUUUUUUUUUUUGGUCUCUUCUGCCCAAACUUCUCGAGGUCUUGUAUUUCAAGUGCAGCUGACAGGGCUACCAUAAGCUAUGGCUGCUUUGGCAUCUUAAAAAGAGCAUCAGCAGGGAACUGAACAUUAUUAGACUCUGGAUAAAUAGUAUAUUUUGAAUUCCUUUUACUUUUUUCCAAUUGUGUUUAGUAUACAUAUUGGUCUCACAUUUUCUAUUUUAUCUCUUAAUCAGAGGGAUUAAAAGCAAGAGGGCUGCCUUGGAGGGGAAUAAAAUGUUUCCAAUAAAUGCAAAUAUUUUAUCCCACAAAAAGAGAUAUGACUGAACAUUGAUGGUAUAAACUAUAUGAAGCCCUCCACACCUCCCUCUACCCCCACUAGUGAAUUUUCUUAGUCCUUUUUACUAUGCAGAUGCAGAGCUCAACUGUGAAAGUUUAGUCAGGUGAGUUUUUGCAAUAGUAUAUUGGAUGAAAAUGAAUUAUUGCAUAAUUCUUAAUUCCUAUACAUGCAGUGUGAGUAUCUUCUGUGAAGAAAUGUAAAAAUCACACUCGGUUGAGAUACUGUUCUUUAUUUGUUUGCAUUCUUCUACGUACAUUACAUCUUCAGCACAAGCUGGUAAGGUAUAUUAACUUUUCCAAGCACUUGACAAGAAUUUUUGUGUGUGGAUCCAGAGUUGCCCUUCUACAAACAAAACACCUCCCAUUUGCGGAAGGGACUGAGAUCUGUCAGACAUACCUACUGCAGGGGGGUGGAUGGGAGAGGUGGUCUUCUGCAACCCCCCCCUUCUGUCUACCCCAUAGUUCUGAAGGGUCCCUUAACCUUCACUAGCAGAUUUUGGGGAGGUACAGGUGGCUGCGAGGGGACCCUCUUCUACCAAAGAACACUUCAACAAUGGCUCACAGCAUCCUCUGGCUACAUCAAGUUCGGUGCCGUUAUUUGUAUGUGAUGGAUACAUUGAUGUAAGGCUGCUGAUACUUUGUUCUGCUAUGUUUACAAAUUGAAGAGAUACUUUCACUGUAUACAGUAUAUAAUUAGAUUUUGUUUCUAUGUGAGGAAAAAUCAUUUGAGCUUCACAAAUUUACACUCGCUUGCACCUUGCCCUACAAUCUAUCAAAUACGGCAGCAAUUUAAUCAGUUCAGCUUCCACAAAAAUUACUCAAAGCAUGUAAAAAUGCAAUAAUAAAACAUUACAGCAUGCAAAACUGUUCUGCAGCUAAAACGUUAGCAUUUUCUGACUCUUGUCAGACUGGCUUUAAAUGCUUAUGAACAAACAUGAAGCCCACCAGUUUGGGCCUAUUUUGUCAUCAGUUUCAAGGUAGUUUAAAGCUGGCACAAAUAAUUUCCAAACUAGAAACAUCUGCUAAGGGUGGAUGCAUUAGCUAAAUUGUUCCUCUGUUGUUACACAAGACUUUUAGCCCCACUGUUGUUUCACGUUUGUAAUAGGCAGUAACAGCCCUUUACAGGUGUACCACAAGAAUGGAACAAACUUGAUUGAGAAGUGUAUACAUCAACAAAGUGUUAACUACCAGCGCAUCAUUCCUUAAGGAUGUAGGGGUGCCCAUUACCUCGCCCCUUACUGCAUUCUGUACAUACGUACAUCAUGUGCUUGCUUGAAUGCACAGCAAAAGCAUUUGUGCCAAACAUAAGGUUUAAAAUACAAUACUCUGGCUUUCCUCUGCUACUAAAUCUCGGUUAAGUAAACAGACAAGUCCUUCCCCUCCACAUCUCGCUACCUCUACGCUGAUUUGGCAUUUAGUAGUGCUACCGUUCGGACAGUGGUCACCAGGAGAAAAACAGUACAAUUGAAUUCAUUAGAAGAUAUGGUAGUGAACAUUAGCUUUGAUAGUAUAGAGAAUAGGCUUGUUAUGAAUCAUUUAAAAAUGAAACCUCGGCAACAGCAGCAGUCUGGCUACCAAAUAGGCAGAAGCUGGUUAUUACCAUUCUGUCUUGCUGGCCAGCUUGCAAGGGCAUGUGGCUGUUCCAUGGUAGAGGCAGAAUGCCAACCUAGAUGGCUGUUUUGACUUAACCAAGCAAGGCAUUACCUGUAUUGAUUAGUUCCUUUUCUACAAAGUUGCAGGGAAGCUUUCGACUUUAUGUGCAAAGCAGAUUUCAAAUGACCACCAGUAACACUCUGUGCCGAGCCUCAUAGGAAUGAAUGGAUGCUGAAGAGGGACAGUAUUUGCUAGACGUAUAUCAGGUGCUUUCCAAAAUGGGGUUUAAAAUCAGGUCCAAACAGCUGUUUUAAAAAUAAAUACGUAUACAAAUAUUAAAGAGGCCUGUUUUGGCUGAUACCCUGUUCACCUACGUUCUGUUGCAACCACUUCGUUGCUUGGGGGGUAUGACUUGCUUUGUUUCCUCCACUGUCCCAAUUAAAAAUAUCAUGUGUAAUGUAAGCAUUUAUUUAUGCAAUACCUUCUUUACUCAUUCUUCCUCUCUUUCGCAUAGGAGUUAUUUAUCCUAGACACAAUAUCUCUUUCUGUAUUUAUCUCAUUACCUAUAAAUUCUUUUAAAAUUAUAUUAAGAUAUUUUUCAAAUUCUCUCCCACGUUUUUUGAACGUCUGCCUCUUACGGACACAACUCUACUCUUCAAUUGGCUUUCUUCUCUUUCUUUUUUAAACAGUCGCAUGUGUAGUAACCCUAACGAUAGGUGUAAAUCUACCUGCUUUUCUUUAUAAGAAUGCAUCAUCAUCCUUUGGUUCCACUGGCAAUCCUUAACUUAAAAAAAAAAAAAACAAGCAAGGCUUUUUAAUGCCUAGAGAGAAUAA